ACAGGUACGCGUUGCCUCGCGUGCACGACGCCGCAACAGGGCAAGAAACGACGUAAUUUUCGUGAAAUCGAAACCGCGACGGUCCAUUCGAGACCCCUUCGAUUAUAAUUUUAUACAGUGGGAUCGGUUCGAUCGUGGAUAUCUUGUGAAUUAUGUUACGUUUUCGUCGGUCAACACGGUGGUGAACUUUCUCUCCGCUACGUCUCCUCGCGAGUUUCGAUUCCGCUCAGCUCGGGUACGGCACGACUAAAUUUUCACCGCUCCUCGCGGUCGUUUUUCCAACCGAACGAAAACGAAAAGAAAUAUCGAACGAAUGAACGAACGAACGAACAAACUUCCGCGUUCCAUUGGGUCGCGAAUGAAUAAUUGAACGAACAAAAGCAAUAGCUCGCCAAUCAGGUAAAUACUGCUGCGCAACACAUAUGCCUGUAACGAUGGAACAUUCCGACUUAGUCGCUGAAAUGGUACACGUAGAAAGAUUAACGACUCAAGAGCGUUUACAUUUGGCUCGGCAUAGAAGGCUUCAACAGUUGAAAGUAUGGCGUCAGCGAGAAAAGGAAUGGAUGCGGCAUCAAACUAGGCACACUAGUAACAAACGUCAUAUAUAUUUCAGCGACAAUGUCAUGCUUUUAGAAGCUGCGGCAAGAAAUGACAUAGACGAAGUAAGGCGGCUUUUGAAAAAGGGAGUGAAUCCAGAUUCAACGAACGAAGAUGGACUGACAGCUUUGCAUCAAUGUUGCAUAGACGACAACGAAGAAAUGAUGAAAUUACUUAUUGAGUUCGGGGCAAACGUCAAUGCAGAAGACAGUGAAAAAUGGACGCCGUUACAUGCUGCUGCCACUUGCGGCCACUUGCAUUUAGUCAAAAAUCUUAUUGCCAGAGGUGCCAAUUUAUUAGCCGUUAACGCUGACGGUAAUAUGCCUUAUGAUAUAUGUGAAGAUGAAAAAACAUUGGAUUGUAUCGAAGGAGAAAUGGCAAGACGUGGCGUUACUCAAGAGUUAAUUGAUGAAACUAGAGCUUCUAUAGAAGUACAGAUGUUGAGACAUUUGCAACAUGUAGCUAAUCUAGGUGGUGAUCUCGAUUACAAAGAUCAUCAAAGUGCUACACCGCUUCACAUUGCAGCUGCAAAUGGUUACUUAAGGGUAGUUGAAUUUCUCUUGGAUCAGCAUGUUUCAACUGACGUUGAAGACAACGACAAAUGGCAGCCAGUUCAUGCAGCUGCAUGCUGGGGACAUCUAGAAGUACUCGAGCUAUUGGUACAAAAUGGAGCUGACUUGAAUGCCAAAAACAAACACGAUGAAACUCCAGCUGAUAUUUGCGAGGAUCCCGAGAUAAGAGAAAGGAUAAUGGAACUUAAAACGGAGCAAGAAAGCAAACGAUUACGGGAAGCGCAGGGAAGACGAGUACGUAGAUCUCAAAGUAUAAAUACACGUACUCAAAGUGUAAGACGGACUUCGAUCAGAGAUAAGGUAUUGACUACGAAAAAGGAUGCUCAAGAAGAGGCUCGUCUCAGAUUACAAGCUCAACAGACAUACGUUGGCGGUUCUACUGCGAAUAUGCCGAAAACGGAAAACGAAUUCAACGCGCGUGAAAAUACGAAUAAUGAGACAGAUUCUAAUGCACCGCCAACAGCAGUACGCAAAGCUCCAGAAGGAAAGGACAAUGAAUCUUUCCUCCACGAAGACGUCGAUAAAGAAUCAGUGACAGGGUCCGAAUCGCCGGUUGGCAAUCAGCAGCCGAUCUACACGCCGGACCGCGAUACCAAUGGCAAGAUCAACAUACACGUCUCGGUAGUGUUUGUCAAAUCGUUGUCGGAUUUGAAGAAACAGAGGGCGCAAAACCGGCACAUAUCCACCGGCUCGAUAGACGCGAAUGGAAAUGGUAUUCCUGUAUCGCCCAUCGCCAAUUCUGAGAUGAACGCCGCCGGGGAUUUCCAGCGUUUUACCGGGAACACCAGCGACAUCGUCGGCGACAAUCAUUCCGAGAAAAGUUGCUGCAUCGUCACCUAACACAUCUCAUUCGCUGCAUUUAAUAUCUUUUAUUUGCACGCUUUUACCACGUUCGCUAUUGUAAACAAUCCGAUCGAACCGUUCUUUUUACUUAAAAAGAAGAUCAGAAAUGUACAGAAUGAACAAUAUUUUAAUGCAUCUUUGUUUCAAACAGUCUCGAAUCUUUUAUUGAGAUAUUCUCUCAAACGAUGCGCUCCGUAGACAUAAGAUUCACGAAUGGAUUUUUUUUAAUACGUAUUGUACUUAAACGAGUAUUUAAGUAGCAAUUGGAAUGCGAGAGAUAAUUUUAACGAAAUUGAACUUGUACAUAAUUUUAUUUAUUAUUGCGUAAAUUAAUGUAUAUUUCGAACAAUAAUUGUCAAAUUGUAUAUUGCGCGAAACGCGUCCUUGCAGCUAAUGUGUAUGAUACAGAGUAUUCCCCGCGUUUUUCAUAAAGAGUAUUUUUUUAUAUUAAUUUAGAUAUCUAUAUUUCUACGAACACGUUUAUUUGUAAAUUCCGAUGUUUUCUAUCGUAUUACAUAUGUCCUGUUUCUUCCUUUAAAAUACAUCGUAAAUUAUAUGACAUCUAAUUAAACUUAAUUUCGUAUCUUACAUCUAAAUAUUAAUAUUUUAUCAGUGCAAUGUAUGCAAUAAUGUAUUUUAUGGACACUGAUAAAGUGUAAAUACCAUUGCAUUUCUCAUUUAGAAAACUUUUUAAUUUAUACACCCUGGAUGUCAUUCGCGAUAGUACUUUCUUUAAUUAAAAAUUUCCUACAAAUAAUCAUGUUAUCAACAAUGCGUUAUCAACAAUGAUAAUGCCGAAAUUAUUUUUAAUUCAUAUUACAUUUAUUAAAACAUUCUUUUUGUCCUUUAGAGAUAUAUAUACACACGGAGGUAAAAUUGUUAAUAUAAAUAUUUUCGAAAAUAUUAUACCAAUGUAGAUUGCAUUUUUUUUUAAAAAAAAACGCAGAAACAAACAAAAUCA